UAUUUGAUUAAUAAAGACAAUUGAAAAGAGGGAAAUUCAUGUGUCCAUUUACAAAGGACAUACAGAUGCUAAUAUUACAAUUGAAAAUAUUGCAAAAUUAGAACCUAUUCCAAAUGGUUGGUAAUCACAUAUCCAUAUGAUGAAGAUUUAGGAUAACUCAGAUCAAUUUAUCCAGAAUAAACUGCCAUGGGAUACAAUAUCCCAUAUAUUCAUUUGAGAAGCUUAUUUGAUAGAAAUUAAGAAGCUGACAUUGAAGGAAAGGAAUAAAGCAAUAAACAUAAUGGGGAAUUCGGUUUAAAUGGCUAAAAUUAUAAAGUAACUGAGGAAGUAGCAGUGUUUGGAAACAAAAAAAUCUCACUCCUUAAACUAAAUAAUAUGUCUUAUGAGGCGACACGAAGAAAGAGUUUCGAGUAUAGAUACAUUUCAUUCAAAAUAACAAUAAUUUAUGAGAGUCAUGUGUGCAGCAUUAACUGAU